UAUUUUUUUUUUAUGGACGAGAUAGUAAAAUAUUUCUCAAGGAAAAUAGUAUAUACAUUAUUAGACGUUUCAAGAUGGCGGGGAAUCGACGGCAAGGAUCUACCGGCGAUCAUCGUAGUUCGUUUAAGCAUGGUAAAAGCAAGUACAACAGGUCUUCUGAGUCAAGAGAGAGGGAGAAGGAAAAUGGAAACUCAUGGGGCAUUGUCUACAAACUCUUUCUCGUGGCUGUCGCCAUUGGAAUUGCUGUUUCCCACAGGAAUCACAUUGCCACAAUGUUUGAGAAGGACCGCCACUUCUCCCAUCUGUCCACACUGGAGAGGGAACUGGCCUUCAGGACCGAGAUGGGUUUAUAUUACUCAUACUUCAAGACGUUGAUCCAUGCGCCGUCAUUCAUGGACGGCCUCAACGAAAUCAUGUACGACAAUGUCACAGAGUAUCCCCAGACCAUCAACGUCCUCAAAAGAUUUAACUUGUACCCAGAGGUUGUGCUUAGUAUCGGCUAUCGUAUAUUUGAACACGUGAAUGCACAGCUGAAUCGUCCAACCAAGAUGUGUUGGCAAGUGAACCGAGGAGAAGGCAAGACUCCAGUCCAGAGCUGUGAAGGCCUGGGUGAACCGUCUUACUUCUAUGUGGAAUCAGCUUUCGCUCUCAAUGGCAUGAUGAUGGGCAUCUUCUUCCUCUUUGGGACUUACCUCAGUGACAGCAUGUUUGGUGGUAUCCUCACAGUGGCCUGCUACUUCUUCAACCAUGGGGAGGCCACCCGAGUACAGUGGACACCCCCUCUCCGAGAGAGCUUCGCCUACCCCUUCCUUGUGUUUCAGAUGCUACUGGUAACAUUUACACUGAGGAGCAAGUCCCCGAACAACACCCACAGUGUGGCUAUAGCCCUUGCCUCCGUGUGCUUUAUGCUACCUUGGCAGAUCUUCAAGACGCAUACCUGCACAUUCCGAUUCACCCAGAUCAUCGGAAAUAUCUCAGGUUCACCUUCGGGGGGCCAUCACUACCAAUGGAACGUCCUUCCAUUUGGAAUCUCUACGGCCCCGUGGCUUUUUACUCGGGUGACCAAACCCAUCAGCAGUUUCCUACAUUCUCGGGGAGUGACUUUCGAAAGCUAUAUCGACGAUUGUAUUCAGGCACAACAGGAUCCAAACGUUCUUCAAAUCCAUCGGGAGUUCACCAUCAGGCUGCUCAAACAGUUAGGGUGGCUCCUCAAUUACGAGAAGUCGGAGUUAACACCGACUCGCAGACUUCAGUUCAUAGGAGCAAUCUUCGACACAGAACAAGCCAAGUUGUUUGUUCCCCAGGACAGGUGGACCAAAAUUCAGCGUCUGGUUCCGCUAGCCUUGGAUCACCCCAGAACUCUACGCCAGUGGCAGGAGUUGCUGGGCGUCUUAACGUCAGCUCAGGCUCUGACUUACAGAGGUCAACUGCAGCUUCGCCCACUUCAGUUAUUUCUGCGCCCUCAUCUUCAAACCAACAACCCUCAGGUGUUGAUUCGGUUACCCAGGGAACUACGUCCAAUUCUACGUUGGUGGCUCAACGUACAGAAUGUUUGCGCCGGCGUCUCUUUGGUGCCAUUCAGUCCAACCCAUCAGUUGUUUGUGGACGCCUCUCUAGAAGGUUGGGGCGCCCACUUCCUUCAGCAUCAAGUGGCAGGGCAGUGGUCGUCCGAAGACAAGUCACUCCACAUAAACAUUCUGGAGUUCAAGGCAGUAUUACUGGCGAUUCAGCACUGGGCGGCUCUACUCAAGAUGUCUCACCUGCUGAUACAGUCCGACAACUCGACGGUAGUGUGGUACAUCAAUCACCUAGGGUCGACGGGCUCAGCAGCACUCCUACAGUGGACGUUUCGUUUCUAUCUUCUGAUAGAUUCUCUCAACAUCGUCGCAAGAGCCAGGCACAUUCCCGGAACAAAGAACGUGAUUGCCGACGCUCUGUCUCGUUCCAGUCGCCCGUCGCCCACAGAGUGGCAACUCCUGCCCAAGAUUUUUCGGACGAUAAUUUACCCGAUCUCUCGACCGAGUGUCGAUCUGUUUGCCACUCGGUUCAACUCCCAACUGCCGAGAUUCGUAUCUCCAAUUCCAGAUCCACUAGCUUGGGAUCACGACGCCCUGGCCAUUCCUUGGGAAGGCCUCAACGCUUAUGCGUUUCCACCUCCGGCUCUACUUCACAAGGUCAUUCAGAAAAUUCUGUUAACCAACAAAAUGGGCCUGGCCAUCAGUUACUUGCUGCUGUUCGGCAAUGAGAUGCUGCUGACAUCCUUCUAUGCAUCCUGUCUGAUCUCUAUGUGGAUCAUUCUAUUCCUUCGUCCAGUGCUAGAUAAACUACAUUUUAAAAUCGUCAUUAUGGCUGUGCAGAGUAUACUCUUGGCAAUCGGAACAGUCUGUAGUAAAAUAGUGGUCGGGAAGCUGCUGAACAUUGCUGAUGAUGCCCACAUAGGGGAAAUCUUCAGAAGCAAGUUUUCUGACUUUAAAAACUUCCACACCAUGUUGUAUACUUGUUCCAAGGAGUUUGAUUUCAUUGAAGAAAUCACAAUAUGGAAGCUCACGUGGACCCUACUUCUGCCUUGCGCCUUGAUCGUAUUUCUCACAGCUGUGUUCUUUAUAUUGAGAUCUGAAUACUCUCAGUGGAAGAGUCCAGUGGUUGCUAAUGGCUCUGCGGUACAUGCCUCCAACACAGCAGAGAGUCAGGGAAGGAACAGACCUGAUGCUGAGCUGGUGUAUCACUUGUUUCAACAAGUUUCCUUCGCGACGAUGGCCAUCAUGAUCAUGAGGCUGAAGCUGUUCUGGACACCGCACCUGUGUCUCCUCACGUCACUGCUAGCCUCCAGGAAGUACUUCGGCUGGUGCGGCCGUAACGAGGCCCACUUCGCAGUGCUGGCGGUAGUGUUGGCGGGGAUGGCGUAUACAGGGAUACAGAACCUGCAGCAGCAGUGGAGCAUCAUGGGAGAGUUCAGCAACUACCCCAUGGAGGACCUGGUCGACUGGAUCAACGACAAUACACCUAAAAAUGCUGUAUUUGCUGGUCCAAUGCCGACAAUGGCCACGAUUAAGCUGUGCACCCAUCGACCUAUAGUCAACCACCCCCAUUAUGAAGAUGCAGGUCUGAGGGAAAGGACGAAGGUGGUGUACAGUAUUUUCAGCAGGAAGUCAGGAGAUGUGGUGGUAAAGGGCCUCAAGGAACUGGAAGUGGAUUAUAUCAUCUAUGAAAACUCAUGGUGUGUCCGGAGAACUAAGGAGGGAUGCUCUAUGCCUGAGAUCUGGGAUACAGAAGAUAUUGAGAAUCGAGGAAAGACACCAUACUGUGAGAUCGUCCGAGACCGCCCCGAGCCCUACUUCAAACGAGUCUACAUGAACAAUGUGUACCAGGUGCUGAAGCUAGCGUGAGCCUUGAACACCUCCUGCCAUACAGAUCAAGCAUGACCCUGCAUCAUUCAUCGUCACCUCCUCAUGGGUUGUAAACGCCUCCAUCAACUGUGAACAGAUACGUCAGUAUCCAGUAUUGGGGUAAUGCCAUGGGGAGCAUUAAUAACUCAUCAAAGUAAAGUUAGUUCCACUCCAUGUAUGAACUUUGUGAAAACCCAACCACUGCUGACAUUCAAGCAAUGGGAAGAGCAUGAAGUAUAUGUUUUCACAAUGUUGACAGACACAUUGCCUUUAAUAUUGCUAUAUUAACUGACAACAGUGCAUGAAAUAAGCCAAAAAUCCAGCCAGACAUC